AUGGCCGGUGCUCCCAACUGGCUCCAUGUGGACACGGAGGACGAGAGUCCUCGUCCACAGCUCACAACGCUCUCCAGCUGCAUGGCUUUGAGCGCCGUGCAGUGCGACGGAUACGUCCGGCUCCUGGCAGCGGAUAUUUCACUGGACGACGCCGCCGAGGAGCCCAGUGCAACCCUCAAGGUUUUCCGGGGCCUCAAGCUCAAGCAGGAGCAGCCGCUGCCGGGGAUUCCCACGGCCAUCGAGAGUCUUUACAUCGAUGAGUCGGAGCCGAAAACGCCGGUUAUUGCCGUAGCCAUCGCCGAGUCAGUGCUCUUCUACCGCCAUCUGAAGCCGUACUUUAAGUACACGAUUCCCGCCCAGGACUCCGAGGAUUUAGAACUGGAGGUGUGGCGCAAGCUGCCGGUGAUGAAGAAGGAUGCCCAUCCCGCUCUGCUGGACUCCCUGCGAAGCAUUGACCACUCCAAGCUGUCCCGGAAAUCACAACGCCUGCUACAAAUGAGCGAGGAGGAGCGCGAGGACUUCAUCACCACCCACAAGGACUCGCCGGUGGGUCGAGUGGGCAGCAUAGUGGCCAUGUGUUGUCUGAAGCGCAUCUCCAGCGAUGCAAACCCGCCAUCCCACUUGGUGCUGGCCACGGAUAUCGGGCAUAUCCUGAUCCUGGAGCCGCAGGGAUUCAACCUGGUAUUUGAGGGAAGGACUUGCGAAGAUGAGACCGCCGUGCCGAGUCUGAUUUCCGUGCAGGGAACCUUUGAGACGGACUUUUGCAUCGUGGUGGCGACUCGGAAUGGUGGCGUUUACCUACUGCGAAAGUCGCAAUCCGAGGGUCAGGAGGUAUUCAAGCUGGGCAUCCCACUCACCGGUCUCCUGCUCCUUCCCAUCGAUCAAACCAUAAUCGCCUCAACAAUGGACAAUCGUUAUCUAUGCUACUCGAAGCGGGGAAAGUUGCUUUAUCAGGUUGCACUGGCCGAACUGCCCGUCUGCCUCCUGCCCCUUCCCAUGACCCAUCUGGGACUCACCCUGGUGGCCAUCGCCCUCCAAGGGGGCGUGGUCAAGUUCUACCUGCAGCGCUACCUCGUCGACGAAUUCGUCCUGGACGAAACUGUGGAUGCCAUGCUGUAUGGUCGGAUGGGCAUGGAGGAUCACGUUCUGACACUCGUCACUCAAUCCGGAGGGAUUGUUGUAAAGAUCCUGAGGAGGGUGUCUCGCUUUGAACCAAAAACCGGAGAAGCGGCCAACAAGCGAUUGGGCAGUGACCAGAUGUCCAUCGCUGAUACCUCAAUUCUGGACAAGCCCAAGAAGAGCUCCAUCUUUGUGGAGCAGGCGGCGCGGGAGAAGCAGCAAGCAAAAUCAACCUAUGGCAGUUUUCAGGUGGAACUCUGGCGACUUCGCCACACGGCCGCCCGGGCGACAAUCGAUGCCAUCAACUCCUCGGAGAGCACGAUAUCCGGAGACCUGACCCACGCCCCCGUGAAGCUAUCCGCUGAGGUCUGCGGCAGUGGACCCGCCUUUCGCCUCUACCUCACCGUUCAGAACCUGUCCACCUUCAAAAUGGCCUCGAAUCUGGUGAUCCUGCUCCAUGCGGACAGACGACACUACACCAUUCCGCAGACCCUGGCUCGAUUGCCCAGUGUUUUGCCAGGAGUGCCACUUCGAGUGGAUUUCGAGGUAACAGCUGUGCUGGAUCCCAUGGACAAACUGCCCCCGGCAACCCUCAACCCGGAUAACUCCCUGAUUCGAGUGAUGCUAAUGAAGACCGGACAGGCGAAACCACUCAUUGCUGCCGCAGUUUCGAUGCCCCAAUCCGAGGCAGCUUUCUAAAUGUGAGAUAUACACUUUUGAUUGUCUUAAUAAGAUUUUGGGUUUAUUUAACAGAUGGAAGGUAAUCCAAUGGUGUGGAUC